AUGUUGGGUCCCAGUAGCACCACCAUAACCUGUGGUUCAGCAUCUAGCACUGUAAAUUUGGGUGCAGUGGAUGAAGGAUAUACAGGUGAUGUGGAGUUGGUGUCCGGUAUCCCAGCUGGUACUAGUGUGAGAUUGGAGCUUGAUAUUUAUCCUGAGCAUCUUCAGUUUCUGGAGUUGAACUUCACUUCAGGGGAAACCACAGUGACUGUUCGCACCAAGAAGCCGCUCGACGCCGAGGCCAAUAUAUUCUUUACGCCUGAGAGAAUUUUGCACUACAGCUUAGUGUGCAAUAAUGAUGUGACAUACAAAAACUCCCGCAGGUUGAUAAUCAAUGAUAUAAAUGACAACAGUCCAGUAUUUGAGAAGAAGUUUUAUUCUCAAAACGUUUCAGAGAGUGAGGUUGUGAACACCGAGGUUCUGCGAGUGAGAGCUGUGGAUGCAGACAUCACACCUGAAUUCAGCACCCUGACGUAUAGCUAUACUCCAGUAACACCAGACUUUUCCUUAUCAAACUCCGGGGCGUUUACAUUAAUGAACCCUCUGAACUACAGCAUUGUACCAAAGUACAAUUUUAUUGUCACUGCCAGAGACAAUGGCGGAAACUAUGACACAACCUCAGUUGAGAUUGUUGUAGACAUUGACAACUUAAAUCCCUUUUUCAGCCACAGUCUCUACCAGGCUGUUAUUCUAGAGAACCAGGACGGGGAUCUCAGUGAAAUACGACCAGAACCAAUAAAGGCCCAAGAUGGAGACACUGGGAUCAACAUGACGAUAACAUACAGCAUCACUUCAGUCUCUCCUGUCGAGUACCAAGCAAACUUCAACAUCGACGCCGACACCGGAGUUCUGACUGUGGUGACGUCGUUUGACAGGGAGGAAAUGGACAGAGGUGAAAUCUCUGUCAACAUCAAGGCGGCCCAGACAGACGACCCUCUGAAGACCGCUGAUGCCGUCGUCUCCGUCACAGUGGAAGAUAUGAACGACAACGCUCCAGAGUUUGAUCGGCCGAGCUACAACGCCACCGUUCUAAAAAACUCCUUCACUAAUACCAUCACUGAUUUGGACCAGAUCAUCACCACCAUCAGCGUGAGCAUCACAGACGACGACAACAAACCCGAGUUCAGCUCCAGCAGCUAUGAAACCAGCACCGUGGAGAAGAGGAAGCCGGUGCUGGUGCUGAGAGCCACCGACAAAGACACCGGGAACAACUCGCUCAUCACCUACAGUUUCUCUGAAGGACAUUCGCCAUAUUUGGCCUUAGACAGUGAAACAGGAGAAGUGACGCUGACAUCUGACCUUACUGAUGUAACAGAAGACACCACACUGGUUCUGACGGCUGAGGCCACAGAUCAUGGCAAACCUCCACACAGCACCACAGCUCGUGUUGUGGUGAACAUCAGGAAUGCCAGUCUGGUGGACAGGGUGGUGUUCCUGAGCUCCUCUUACAACUUCAAACUAAAAGAGAACCAGAAUUCGGGGGCCUUCGUGGGGCAGGUCCAGGCCUCUGCAGGAAGCGACCUGUACGAGGUUUCCUACGAACUGAGAACACACAAAGACCUGUUCUCCAUCCACAGCAAUGGCUCCAUCGUUUCCACAAAAGAGCUGGACAAGGAGGAGCAGGAGUGGUACUUCCUGGAUGUGGAGGCUGUGGACACGCGGACGCCUCCCACAUCAGCAGUGGCGCCGGUCAGAAUUCAGGUGGAGGAUGUAAACGAGCCUCCAGCGUUCUCCUCAGACGAUUAUGAAGCCUCUGUGUUCAGCAUCGCCCCGUACAAAACCCCAGUCAUCCAAGUGAAGGCCUCAGACCCUGAUGUCAGAGACAAUUGUGUUCUGGUCUACAGUCUGUCAGGAGAAAGCUCCUCCUUUGACGUGGAACCGGCUUCAGGUCUGCUGUAUGUGGUGUCAGUAGCAGAUCUGGGUGGAAAAACCGUCUCAAUGGAGGUGAAGGCAACAGAUUCUGGUGAACUUUCUGCUACAACCACAGUAAAGGUUGUGGUUCAGGGCAGCGCCAGCAGCAGCGACGUGACGAUAAUUUCUCUGAAUAAGCCAGCAAACACUGUAGAGAGGAAAGUUCCAGAGGUGGAGGAGGCUUUAGGUAAAACUCUGGGCUGGACGGUGAACAUAAUCCAGGUUUCGAGCUCUGGUGGAGAAGGAAGCCGAACGCUGAGGGAAUCGGUCAGGACUCUGGUCAGCUUCAUCGCUCUUGAUGGCGAUAAAGCUGUUGAAACUCAGGAAGUCACAAAGAAACUGCAGAGCCAGUCUGAAGAGGUGAGAGCGGAGCUGGCCAAGGUGUUGGGGAACGAUGUUCAGUUUCAAGUGGAGACGGGAAAAGAUCCUCCAGGCAUCAGCUCAGACCGGAUUACAAUCAUCGUUCUGGGAAUCUUGGCUGGCCUGGCUUUAGUGGGACUGAUUCUGACUGUUUCUGUAUUUAAAAGGAAAAUUCAACACAUCGAAGAACGGAGGAAGUCCCUUUCAUUGCAGUUGGAGAUGUGAACAAAUCCAUGUUCGUUGAGACGACUCCCUGAUGAGGACGGGACAUCAAACCAAGCCUGGAAGAUCUAGGACACAGUACUGCCUUUAUGCACCAGAAUAAUAAUCUAUUUUAUUUUUAUUUGACUUCAAAGUAUUCUUCAAGCACAUCAGUUUGUCUCUAUUUCAGAGUGAAGAUUUGCAGAUGAAUUGGAUCCCAUUUCUAGAUUAAUGACUGUAUAUAUCAAAUUAAUGAAAGUCUGUUUUAUUAAAAAUGUCCAUCCAUUUUCUAACACCCUUGUCCCUUAGUGGGGUCGG